CUGCCGUAUCGGGCGUGUGGGAGCAGACGCGGGGCGAAGGCGUCCGAAACCUGCAGCUGUCAGGAGCGCAGGAUAAUCAUGGAUAAACCCGAAAACCCGCCGCUGUAACAGCGAUCGGGCCGCCUCCCUGAGCCGGAAGACAGGCAGAUAAAGUUUAUACUCCCCCCACAGCUGAGACCGAGUCGGCGGAGGGCUUCCUCUGGUCCCCUCCCUGUUGGAAGAAAUGUGGCUAAACCCCGAAGAAGUUCUGCUCAAAAAUGCCCUGAAACUCUGGAUAACGGAGAAGAGCAACGACUUCUUCCUGCUGCAGAGGAGGAGAGGCCACGGGCAGUCCAACAGCAGGAUCACAGGGCUCCUGGUUGGGGCGCUAGACACAGUGCUGGACUCCAAUGCCAGGGUCACACCCUUCCGCAUCCUCCUCCAGAUUCCCGGCUCCCAGAUCAGCUGGGUCAUCGCCAGCGGAGCUGCCAUAGAGGAGGUGAAUAAGCACUGGGACUGGCUGGUCCACAACCUGCUUCACUCUCUGUCUGUGUUUGAGAACAAGGAGGAUGUUGCCAGCUUUGUCAAAGGAAAAGUCAGGGGCCUUAUUGCCGAGGAGGUUCGGGGACGCCAGGCGGCCCAGGAGGAGGAUCCGGAGAAGUUCAGGGAGGCGCUCCUGAAGUUUGAGCUUCACUUUGGCCUCCCCUCAUCAGAGAAACUGGUGACGUAUUACUCCUGCUGCUGCUGGAAGGGCCGAGUGCCUCGGCAGGGCUUCCUCUACCUCAGCAUCAACCACAUGGCCUUCUACUCCUUCCUGCUGGGGAAGGAAGUCAAGUUUGUGAUUCCCUGGGCAGAGGUAACACGGUUGGAGCGGGUCUCCACCGGUCUGAUGACGGAGGCAAUUCGGGUCACCACACGGCAGCGGCAAAGGGAGUUCUCGAUGUUCCUGAACCUCGACGAAGCCUUCGGGGUCAUAGGUCAGCUGGCUGACAUUGCCCUGAGGCGGCUGCUGAACAGCAAAGGCCUGGAGCUGGACCGAGUGCUGCAGCAGCCCGCACGCAUCACCAAAAGGAUCCUAGAGGAACAGGCGAUUAGGGAGUAUGUUCUGGCUCUGUUUCGGCUCCCACGGAGUGAAAACCUCCAUGAGGUGGCCUCCUGUUCGGUUUGGACACCACACGCCCGCUGCCACACAGCCGGGACUCUCUACACCACCGACAGCUAUCUGUGUUUCUCCAGCCGAGAGGAAGGCAACCUCAUCCUGCUCAUACCCCUCUCAGAGGUGUUGUCCAUAGAAAAAGCAGACAGCACCAGCGCGCUGCCCAACCCCGUCAUUGUGAGUGUUCGGACUAAAAAGGCCUUCCAGCUGAUCGAGCUGCACGACAGAGAUGAGCUGGUUGAGAACAUGAACUCCAGACUUCGAGCUCUGCAGUGGAAACGCUCCAUGUUCCGCAGCAGGAAAGACGGCAAGAGGAGUGCGAGCUCCCCAACACCCUACUACACCUUCUAUUAUGACACCGGGUACUCUGAUGAAGAAGAGCUAGAGGAGCAAGUCCUGCGCAACACUGUCAACAGUGAAGCGCUCAUGACGGCCUUCCACCAAAACCAACCAGGAACCAAUGGCAACAAGAGCAUGGAGCAGGUGAAAGAGCGGCUGUGGGAGGAUCAUUUCUCCGAGUUUGGACGUGGCGUCCACAUGUUCCGCACGGAGAAGAUCCAAAAGCUUGUGGCCAUGGGGAUCCCAGAGUCACUGCGAGGGGAGCUGUGGAUGAUAUUUUCAGAUGCGUCCUCUGACCUGGAGUCCCACCAGGGCUACUACACGACCUUGGUGCAGAAAUCAAUGGGCCAGAACAACCUGGCCACAGAGGAGAUCGAACGAGACCUGCACCGCUCCCUGCCGGACCAUCCCGCUUUCCAAAACCCAACGGGCAUCGCUGCACUCAGGCGGGUCCUCACUGCAUAUGCUCACCGCAACCCAAAGAUUGGAUACUGUCAGUCUAUGAACAUCCUGGCAUCGGUGCUGCUGCUGUAUGCUAAAGAGGAAGACGCUUUCUGGCUGCUGGUGGCUGUGUGUGAAAGAAUGCUCCCCGACUACUUCAACCGCAGGGUCAUAGGAGCUCAGGUGGACCAAUCGGUGUUCGAGGAGCUCAUCAGGGAGCGUUUGCCAGAGCUGGCCGAACAGAUUCCGGACCUCUCCACUCUCUCCUCCGUGUCCCUCUCUUGGUUCCUCACUCUGUUCCUCAGUGUCCUGCCGUUCCACAGCGCCGUCUGCGUGGUCGACUGCUUCUUCUUCCAUGGAAUCAAAGCCAUCUUCCAACUUGGUUUGACCGUGCUGGAGGCCAACGCUGCACAGCUUUCCUCCAGCACAGAUGACGGGCAGGCGCUUAUGAUUCUUACAAGUUUUCUGGACCAGGUUGGAAGUGAAGAGUCCCCUUCUGUUCAGUCUUCCUUGCCUGCUGCAGAGGAAACCAGCUGCAGUGACGCCGAAGGACACACAAAUAUCACUGACCUCAUCAAUGACUCCUAUGAGAAAUUCGGAGACCUGACAGUGCGGCAGAUUGAGCGACUCCGCUGUCGGCACAGGAUCCAGGUGCUGCAGGCACAUGAAGACACCACCAAAGAAAAUGCGUUGAGACUGGUAACUCCAGAUGUUUCCAUCCCUCCAGAGAACUUGCCUGAUAUCUAUGAUCUAUUCAAGACGGAGCACUUUAUCACUCUGUACUGGGGUGACAGCAGCUCUGCAGCAGCAGCAGAAGCAGCAGCGUGGCAUUACUGCGACUCGAAUCGCUCCUUUAUAGAACGGCAGUAUCGGCUGGACCGACCUCAGUUUAAAAGCCUGUACGGGCUGUUGACGCCGUGGUCCAGCGGCUCAAACCAACAUACUGACACACUGGCAAACCGCACCUUCACCCUGCUGGACCAGGACCGCGACAACCUGGUCACCUUUAGAGACUUUACCAGCUGGCUGGACACGCUGUACUUUGGAGAGCUAAAUGAGAAAAUCAGGCUGCUUUACUGCCUUCAUAUCCCUCCAGCACUGACAGAAAAUGAAGAUGACCCCUCUGUUAUGAAGAGUCCCCUGCUUUCCACAAACAGACCUCUCUGUGUUAAUCUGCCCCCUCGUGAUGACAGUGAAGUGAAGGAUUACCAGGAGCAGCUGAAGCAGAUGCUGCAGGAUCUGGCCAAAGAGAAGGAGAGAGAUGUGGAGAAGCCUCUGCCUCUCAUGAACCAGCGGGAGUUCAUCCAGUUCUGUAAAACGUUCUACAGCAUGUUCCACGGUGACCUGGAGGAGAAUGACCUCUUCCAGGCUAUCGCCACAGUCACAAGUCUCGUGCUGCAGAUCGGUGAGGCUGGCCAUCGCAGUAAAACUGCCAGCAGUCAGGAGGAGUCGAUAGCAGCAGGAUCCACGCAGGCGGCCGCCGAAGACGGCGGAGUCGAUGCCCGCAGGGGCAGCAGGAGUUCGAUGACAGCGGAGAGCGAGUGGACGGUGAGCUACGCUCAGAUCCUGGCCUCACUGCUGACUGAACAGGCGCUGGUGAACUUCUUCGAGAAGCCGCUGAAUCUGUCGGCAAAAAUUGCACAAGCCAAGGAGAAUCAGUAUCAGCAGCGGGCGGGUUUGCUCACUCUGCAGCAAGGGAGCAGCUGACUCCAAUGUGAACGGCGGACUGUGCGUAUCACAUGACUGCUUUAAGUUCUGAAGUAGGAUGAUAAGGAGCCUUUAAUGUUAUCUGUGACAUUUACCGUCCUGAUAAUGUGACUGCAGGACUUCUUUCUUGCAUUAAGAGCCUCUCACUGCUCUGACCUCUGAAUGACAACAGAAGGAAGUUUUCUCUAAACAUUUUUGAGAUAGAAAAUGUUCUGGCACUCAAGAUCUCAGCAGCGGCCCAGUCAAUGGAUGUCUCACUGGAUCCGGACAUCGGAUUUUUCAUUUACUGCAUUUUGGGCCAUGGGAAAUUAUAGUCAUUACCUUUCUUUUGUCACCAAAAGGAUGCCUGUAGCUCACCUGUGUUGCAGACAAAUAAUUUCUCACCACUUUCUUGUGUUUAAAGUGUUUACUGGCUGUGGUCUCACUCACUUUUCCAGAUGUCUGCCUUAUUUAAGUUUUACCAGCAAACCUUAUGAACAGUGAUUCUGCAUUAAGGACAAAUCUAGCAUACAAAUAGUGUUCUUUUAAAAUUAAUUUUAUUACUUCUGUUUCUGUAAUAUUAAAUGUUUUCCAACACGUGCUCUCUGAUUAAAGAUAUUUUUGAAAACUUUUUCAAAUUACUGGAAAAAAUCAAUGGUUACAGCUAGCAGCAAAAAAGAUGAUCCUUAUAGUA